AUGGGUCUCACCUCCCCACUGAUUCCCGCUCUGGUCUGCUUACUCGCAUGUACCAGCAACCUGGCACUCGCACGAUGCACACAUAACAUCGUACUGAAAGAGAUCAUCUAUAUACUGAAAAGUCUCACAGAGAAAAAGGAUGCCUGUCUGGACAUGACUGUAGCAGAUGUCUUUGCUGUCCCAAAGAACACAACUGAGAAAGAAACCUUCUGCAGGACUGCAGUUGUGCUCCAGCAGGUCCAUGCAUGUUUACCCAAAUACUUGAAUGGGAUCACACGGAACCUGAGAUGCCUGACCAACAUGACCAGCUGUCCUGUGGAAGAAGCCAGGAAGAGCACACUCAGAGAUCUUUUGGAAAAUCUGAAGUCCAUCAUGAGAGAGAAAUUUGCCAAUUCUUAA